AAUGUAAUAACCUUAAAUCCCUGCUGUAGUCUCAAUUAGACCAUUCCCAGAUUCUAAAAAAUUCUUAUCAUCAUCAAUAAACAAAGCAAAACAUCAUGGAGAUGAUCUUGAUAUCAAAGUUGUUCAAUAAGAAUCUGAAAAUACAUUUUUCUUAUUAGAACAUGUUAAUGGAGCUAUCUAUAGAAUUAAACCUGCUGCACAUCCAGAUCAUUAUGUUUUCUGUGCAGGUGAAAGUGAUAAAAAAUACGGAAAAGAUUUAGAUGUCAGAACUCACCAUCAUGUUGAACAAAGAAAUCAUUGGAUCAUUGAAAAUGUAGGAUGGAGUACAUUCACAAUUAGAUCUGAAACUAAUCCAUUAUUUUAUCUUUUUGCCGCUGAUGAAGAAAAACAUGCUCAUGGUGAAUAGGAUGUCAGAGCUCAUACUAAUUAAGAAGAAAGAAAUCUUUGGUUCAUUGUUACAGUACCAAAUAUUGUUCAUCCAUAUCCACUCUUAUAUUAACCACCUGUUGUUACAUUAAGACCAAUUCUAUUACCACAACACUUCUUAACAUUUUCAGAUCCACAUUAAUAAUUUAAUUCUGAUUUUGCAGUUAAAGUUAGAGGAACAAGAACAGAUAAGUGUUAAUUCUUUUUGGAUAGAGUCUAAGGAAAUAUAUUCACUAUUAGACCAUGUUCAAGUCCACUUUAUUAUUUAUUCUGUGCUGAUGGUAAAUCAUUAAAUUAAUGGAAUGAUUAUGAUGCCAGAUUCCACAUUAACAAAGAAGCUAGAAAUAAUUGGAUCAUUGAACCAGCUGCACCAGGAUAUUUCACAAUUAAAUCAGCUACUAAUCCAAAUUAUUUCUUAUUUGGAGUUUAAGAUGAAGGAAAUGGACAAGAAUUCAAUGUUAGAACACAUCCAUGUAUUGAAGAAAGAAAUAAAUGGGCCAUAGAUGGAUUUAUGUGAU